CAGCCAUUAUCUGCUACUCACACAAACCCCAGUGUCUUAUAGGCCUCUGUUGGGCAUUUGGUUUCAAGGAAACCAAACCAGUGAUCACAAAUAUUUUUGAUAGCUUCUUGAAACAGGGAAGAACAACUAUCUAAAGGACUGAAGUCUCAAGCACAUAAACCUACCAAGAGUCUAAAAGCAACUGCCAUGGGAAAUACCACCAGCAGCGCGAUAUCGAAGGAGAUCCUGGAGGACCUGAAGCUAACCACAAAAUUCACAGAGAUGGAAAUCUGCCAGUGGUAUGAGAAUUUUCAGAAGCAGUGUCCCACGGGGAGAAUCUCACCAGAAGAGUUUGAGGAAAUCUAUGCUCGGUUCUUCCCUGAGGCUGACGCCAAGAGCUACGCGCGGCAUGUGUUCCGCUCCUUCGACACCAACGAUGAUGGCACGUUGGACUUCAAGGAGUAUAUCAUUGCCUUGCACAUGACCUCCAGCGGGAAGACCACCAGGAAGCUGGAGUGGGCUUUCUCUUUGUUCGACGUGGACAAAAACGGGUACAUCAACAAGACAGAGGUUAAGGAAAUCUGCCAGGCCAUAUUUAAGCUGAUCCCUGAGGAGGAGCAGAAGAUGCUACCGGAGGAUGAGAAUACACCCGAGAAGAGAGCUAACAAGCUGUGGGCGUAUUUCAACAAGAAAGACAAUGAGCGACUGGCUGAAGGAGAGUUCAUCAAGGGAGUGAUUGAAAACGAGAAUGCAAUGCGUCUCAUCCAGUACGAACCUGUUAAACACUGAAGUCUCUCCUACUUUACCUUUUCUCCCUUUCUGACCUUCCUGGAGCUCCUAUACACCACCUACUUUCUCCUCCUCAUAUCAGACGUUGUCGUUAACUUCAUUCGUCCGUCUGUGUAAAUAAAAGUUUCUGUUUUGUCUCCACUGUAACUUUAAAGCCAUUUUUAAUUUUUUUUUUUUUGUUGUUUAACUGUUUGUGAAUACAUUUUAACAUAACAGAAUCCCGUAGAAAAAAGUUAUAGAAUAGCCCAAACAAAUAUCAAACCUACACAUGAACUAAUGCAGUAAAAAAUAGCAGUAUGCAUUAGUUAUCUUGUAUAAUUGGUAAAUUUGUGUUUUAAAAUUGGGGUCUGCAGAAUAACUUAUUAGAAACUCAAAAAAACGUUAGCUUAUUAUCGCUUUUUUACAGACUUUAAAUACCUUAAUUGAGGUUUUAGCU